UUAAUAUUUUGUUUGAUAGUACAAUAGCUUCUUUUCAAUAUUGUUUAUUAAAAAGUUGUUCUAUAAAUAUUUAAAAAAAGUGAUUUUUUGAUUAUUGAUACUCCAUGUUAAACCUAUCCUCCUGAGCUUAUUUUAAAUGUAUCCGCAUGUAAUCCGUAUGUGCAGAUUGAAGCUAUCGUAAAAAGAUGGAGGCAUCAAGCAACACUGACGCUGUUAAUCUUGGGCUGGGAGAAGUCGACGAUGAAAUCGGUGAAGAGUUAAAACAGCUUGAAGAAGUUGUUAAAGACGCAUUUGAUACUCGCAGUGAAGUAUCUAGUUCUUCAUCUAGUUCUAGUCAUCCGAGUAUUAGCACAGUAAGCUCUAAAUCAAAGGAAAAACGAAAUCGUAAGCGCACCAAGUCAGAGAGUCGCUCUCCCAUUGAUAAAAAACGACGCCGGGUUUUAGGCGAGGCUAAAGUCAAGACCUAUGACUAUAUGACAAAGUUGAACUACUUGUUUAGAGAUACACGUUUCUUUUUGAUAAAAUCAAACAAUGCUGAAAAUAUAACAUUAUCAAAAGCUAAAGGCGUUUGGUCCACUUUACCCCAAAAUGAAGCAAAUUUAAAUCAAGCAUUUAGGGAAUCUCGAAAUGUUUUAUUAAUAUUCUCAGUAAAAGAGAGUGGCAAAUUUGCAGGUUUCGCUAGAUUAGCAAGUGAAUCCCGUAGAGAUGUACCUUCUGUGUCUUGGGUAUUACCUCCUGGCCUCUCAGCUAAAGUUCUUGAUGGAGUCUUCAAAGUUGAUUGGAUCUGUAGGAAAGAACUUCCAUUUAGCAGCACACUGCAUUUGUACAAUCCAUGGAAUGAGGGGAAGCCAGUGAAAAUUGGACGGGACGGUCAAGAAAUUGAGCCAAAAGUUGCCGAAGAAUUGUGCAGGCUCUUUCAAGAGGAUGAGGGUAUAGAGAUGACACCCAUAUUACGAAGGUCAAAAGAAUCCUCCAAAAAGAAUUAUCUGAAAAGCAGCGGGAGCUAUAGGACCUACAGAGCACCCUUGUCUUCAAGGGGCUCUGGUUAUCGGAACCGUCUGAGUUCAUCCCGAAAUAGACGUAAAAUCUUCACAUCUCCAAGGAGCCGGCUAGGAUCAUCAUACAAGAGACGAUCUCCAUCUCCAUACAUGAGAGACAGGCUACCAUCUUGGUUUGUGAGGGGGCGUGACAGUUAUAGUGGCAAUAGCUCAGCUGCAGCCGAAGCUUAUGUGGCAGAAUACAUGAGAUCAAUGCAUCACCAGCUGCCUCCAUUACCAUAUGUGGCACCACCAGGCUUCCCUACUGCUCUUCCAACAUAUGAUGGCUUACCACCACCACCGCCCCCUCCACCACGGUACUAUGAAUUAGCUGAUUAUCCUCGGUCAGUGCUUGUGUACGACAAGAGGUCAUAUGAACGUUCUGUGGAUGAAUUUCUGUGGCGUACAUCAGACCGUUCUCAUGGUCGUAGCCGUGAUCGUGACUCACAUAGAUAUAGAGAACGCCGAUAAUCACUUGUUUUUCACUGAUGUAUAUUUCAAUAAGUUUAAAUAAAUAUUUGUGAUUGAA